GAGUAGUAGGGAACGCCAAAGCGUUCUGUUUCAGAAAAAUUUUUGCUCUUAAUAAGAACAAGCGGGAACUAAAACAGAACAAAACAAAACAAAAAUAAAAUGAAUAAUCUAAAAUGGAUGGGCCACUCGGCCACAAUAAUGGACAUUCAGCGCUCUCUACAAAACGACGACGAAUCGUGUGAAGUUGUCCUGGCAGCCAAAGAUGGCGCGAGUGUGCGCGCCCAUCUCUUCAUACUCAGUACAUGCAGCGAUCUGAUGCGGAAUCUAUUGGUGGACGUACCACCUGGCCAGGAGACAACAAUCAUUCUGCCCGACAUUCGUGGCGACCUGCUAGAGAGUAUGCUGUCAUUUAUUUACGUUGGUGAGACAAGUCUGCCCUCGGCGUCGUUAACUGAAUUCGUGGAGGCAAUAAAUCUAUUGGGCAUCAAAUCGGCCAUUAGUUUUGAGUGUAAUCCCACAUCGCUGAACAGUACUAAUGUGGACACCGUUGCCGAAGGCUCUAUGGCAGUUCAGACCGCAAAAUCAAUUGGCGACUUGCAAAUCGAGCAUGCCGAAUUACUAGAUGAGGAGGAUGAAUCUGGGCAUCAAGAACAUGGCUCUGGCGACACUGGUGGAAACACGCUUCUCACCGAUGCUCAACAGCAACAACCUGCUCAGAGUAGCCGGUCACUCGAAUAUCUCGAUGUUUACGGCGAUCAGCCAAAGAUUACCUAUUCCAUUGAGCACAUGAGCGGCACUUCCAGCGGCAAUCAAUAUAUUCUAACAGAAAACACGGGAACUUUCACCAUAUCUCAAUCAGCUGUAUCCAUUUCGAAAUUGGAUACAUCCAAUGUUGAUAUGGCUGAUGAUGAUGCGGAAACUGAUUGCAAAGAUGAAGUCGAGGAACAGGAAACCCAAUUAAUUGAAGAGGAAUAUGCUCCAUCUGAUCCGUUAAUAGGCCUCACUAUGGGAACCGAUGCGGACAUGGGCGAAGCUGAUGGUGAGGAUGAUGACGAAGGCGAAGAUGACGAUGGCGAUGUUGAAGAUGUAAUGGAAAUGGAAGUGAAGCCUCAACCGACCAAAUCAAAAUCUCGCCGUGUUACUGCCCCAAAGGCAAAACGACCCACAGCCAAGCCACCAAUUAAAUACACUGCCCUUAAGAACGAUGGUAAAGAUGGUAUCACCGAUGCUCUUGAACUCGCCGCUGAUGCUGUACUCCGUCUCGGACUUAGUUUACAGAAAGCCGCCGAUCGUUAUGACAUAUCGAAGACUGUUCUAUGGCGCCGCGUUCGCCAUAGUCCCGAAUAUAUGCGCAGUAAUCGUGAGAAGCCCUCAUUAGCAGAGGCAUACGAACGUCUCAAGAACGGUGACUCGCUGAAGAACAUUAGCCACGAUCUAAGCAUACCGAUGUCGACAUUACACCGUCAUAAGAUGCGACUGGCAGCCCAGGGUCGCUUGCCUGACUUUGUCGCCUGUCGUCGUCGUGAUACCACACCCAAAGAUGAGCUACGCGACAAGCUGGCCAAGGCCCUGCAUGCCUGUACCCAUGAGGGUAUGUCACAGAAUCAUGCGGCGAAUCUAUUCGAGAUACCCAAAAGCACACUUUGGCGGCACCUGCAACGACAUACAGCUGAAAAGGAGCGCAAAGUUAAAAUGGAGCAGAACGAUGAUGAUGAUGAUGAAGAUCUUCUAACCUAAAGUAGCACACCUUUCCAUCCCCCAAAAAAUUAGACUACCGCAUUACUGUUAACUAGAUUUAUUAUUAAUUAAACUUAAUUUUACAAACUGUAAA